AUGGGCACUAAGCGAGCAAUAUCCAUCAUAGGGACUGGAGAUUUUGGAUGCGCACUCGCCAAACGACUAAUCCAGAAUGGUUACCAGGUUACUAUUGGAAGCCGCAGUCCACUCAACCGGAACCUCCAGAAGCGUGACGAAAUACUUAAAGCUGCACAUCUCGUUUCUGUACGAGACUGUAUCAUCGCUUCAAACAUGGUAAUUGUCGCUAUUCCUUAUAAGUACGCAGACUCCCUCAAAAUCCAUGAAGAUUUUUUACAAGGCAAAUUGCUGGUCGAUGUCAGCAAUCCAUCCAAGAGAUCCGAAGAAAAGUCCAAUGCAGAAAAACUUGCUGACUUGCUUCCCAAAUCAAUUGUCAUCAAAUGCUUCAACACCGUAUCUGCAUACUCAAUGGGAGAUGACACUUCCAACGAACAUCGCCAGGUUUACGUAGCCAGCGAUGACUUGUCUGCCUUGGAAGCUGUUGCCCAGAUGUCCAGAGAUAUUGGAUUCGCUGUCCACAAUGCUGGCAGGCUUCAUAUGGCUAGAGAUCUGGAGUCUGAACCUCUGUAUCUGUUUCGAGGUUGGGGCUGGCCUACUUUAUUCACGAUUGGCUUGUUUCUAAUGGAGCUCCUCUAUCUCUUUGUUGUCAUGUAUAUCGCGGUAGAUAGGUACGAUACCAGUCAGAUACCAACCUACGUGUUGUACAAGGCAACUGGGGCGGUCAGUGUCAACCUCCUGGCAUUCUGUUACCUACCAGGAGUACUGGCAGCCUUUGCUCAGAUCUACUAUGGCUCCAAACACACACGUUUCCAGCCAUGGUUAGAUAGCUGGCUACAAGGUCGCAAACAACUGGGAAUCUACUCUUUGUUGUUUGGCUUCAUGCACAUGAUUACGGUGAUGAGCUGCAUGAAUGGAUCUUACUUCGAUUACCUCUUCAAACAACAAUACGUCAUUGUUGAAGUCAACGCCACAGAAGACACCAAGAUUCCAGUCGAUACCAAGAUGAACCUGCACGGUGAAGGAUGUAUUGCCACUGGGCUGAUCGCUCUCUGUUCAAUGGGGAUCAUUGGUCUCACCUCAGUCCCUGCUAUUGGGUCCCUGAUGAACUGGCGGGAAUGGCGCUUCAUCCAAUCUCAGUUCGGCUUUGUCUGCUUCAUGCUGACAGUGGGGCAUUGCAUGGUCCACGGAGUAGCUCGAUGGAUGAUCCAGCGGGACCUUCUCCUCAGGAAUAGCUUUAUGAGCCUGAUCUUGCCUUGGUUGACACUGUUUCUAAAAAUCAUCUACUUCGUUCCUUGUGUACACAUGUACGUAUGGAAGAUCAGAGGAGGGUAUGAAAGAGAGGUUAAAUAUGACUCAGAGAAAGGCGAUGCUGAAUCCUACACUAACAAAGCCCUGGAUGACGAUUCCGGUCUCAGUACACAAUCCGGCUCAGAUGAAGGAUCAGAAAAAUCAGAAGAAUCAAUAUCAAAAAAGGCAAGCGAUGCCAGUGAUACCUUCACCGAAUUUAGAGAGGAACACGAGACAUCAUUUGGUGGUAAUGAUACAAAUCUGUAA